GUGAGCGGGGUGGGGAGCCGAGCCGAGCCGAGCCGCUCCAGCAGGCCGCGGGGCAGGCCCGAGGGGUGGGAGAGGAGGGGCGAGGCAGGGAGGCAGCCGGGUGACGGGCUGGUGCAGCGGAGGGGGCUGGAGACGGAGAGCGGGCGGGCGGCCGGGGCUGGGGCUGCCGCUCCGCAGGGCGGCCGGCGGGGCAGGAUGAGCCAGGAGGAGAUCCUGAGGAAAUUCAUUAAGCGAGUCCAGGCCAUGAAGGACACGGACCACAAUGGGGAGGACAACUUCGCCAGCGACUUCAUGUUGUCAGUGUUGGAAGCCAUGUGCUUCAGAGCAAAGUCCCAGCUGCUAACUGCUGUUCCUGAGCCAUCCUGCCCUCUGCUCCUCCUCCAGAGAUUAAGAAGAUUAUCAACAAAAUACAGAACAGAGAAGAUCUACCCAACAGCCACUGGAGAGAAAGAAGAAAAUGUUAAAAAGAAUAGAUACAAAGAUAUAUUGCCAUUUGAUCAUAGCCGGGUUAAAUUGACCUUAAAAACUCCCCCACAAGAUUCAGACUACAUCAAUGCAAACUUUAUUAAGGGAGUACAUGGGCCAAAAGCAUAUGUUGCUACCCAGGGACCAUUAGCAAAUACAGUAAUAGACUUCUGGAGGAUGAUAUGGGAAUACAAUGUUGCCAUAAUUGUAAUGGCCUGUCGAGAAUUUGAAAUGGGAAGGAAAAAAUGUGAACGUUACUGGCCUCUGUAUGGAGAAGCAGCUGUAACAUUUGGACCAUUUCGUGUUUCUUGUGAAGCUGAGCAAGCAAGAACAGAUUACUUCAUUAGAACAUUAUUACUUGAAUUUCAGAAUGAGACUCGUAGUGUCUAUCAAUUUCAUUAUGUUAACUGGCCUGACCAUGAUGUCCCUUCAUCUUUUGAUUCUAUUCUGGACAUGAUCAGCUUGAUGAGAGAAUACCAGGAACAUGAAGAUGUACCAAUUUGCAUACACUGCAGUGCAGGAUGUGGAAGAACAGGAGCCAUCUGUGCCAUAGAUUAUACAUGGAAUUUGCUUAAAGCUGGGAAAAUACCUGAAGAAUUCAAUGUAUUUAAUUUAAUACAGGAAAUGAGGACACAAAGGCAUUCUGCAGUGCAGACAAAGGAGCAGUAUGAACUUGUCCAUCGAGCCAUAGCACAACUGUUUGAAAAGCAACUGCAAAAAUAUGAAAGUUGUGCAGACUGGAAGAUUGCAGAUGGCGUGGAUGAAAAUAAUACAGAGAAUGCUGUCAGUUCUUCAGAUGCUGAGAAACAGGAUUCUCCUCCACCAAAGCCUCCACGGACCCGCAGUUGCCUUGUAGAAGGAGAUGCUAAAGAAGAAAUCUUGCAGCCUCCAGAGCCUCAGCCAGUACCACCAAUCUUAACGCCAUCUCCCCCGUCAGCUUACCCAACAGUCACUACAGUGUGGCAGGACAAUGAUAGAUACCAUCCAAAGCCAGUUUUGCACAUGGUUUCAUCAGAGCAUUCAACAGACCUCAACGAGAAUUAUAAUAAGUCAACAGAACAUUCAGGGAAGAAUGAACCCAGUGAACGUGCAGAGAAGAGGCUGGAGCGCAACUUAAGUUUUGAGAUCAAGAAGGUGCCUCUUCAGGAGGGACCACGAAGCUUUGAUGGGAACUCCCUGUUGAACAGGGGACAUGCAAUUAAAAUAAAGCCUGUGCCAUCCUGUGUAAUUGAUAAGAGCUUUAAGCCACAGGAACAGAUUUCAGGGGAUUCAUUUGUAGAUGCUUCUCAAAACUCAUGUAUGGAAUGCAGCGUGGCACAGUCUAACACAGCCUUAAUACCUUCACCGGAAAGUCCGCAGAGUCAGGAGCUUUCUGAUACUCCACCAAGACCAGAUCGUCUGCCUCUGACAGAAAAGGGACAUGCCACAUGGUCGCUGCAUGGGCCAGAAAAUGCACUGCGUACAUCGGUGUCUGAAGACAUGUCUUCAGACAUCUUAUGUCAUGGUGUUAAAACUCUGUCUCUGGUAUCAAACACGACAGUUGAACAUCCUUCCAGUGAUAGUAUUGAUCAUACUACUAUUUCUGUUCGAGCACCACUCUGUUUUACUAAUCCUCUUCAUUCAGAUGAUUCUGACACAGAUGAGAUCAACUUUGACGGAGCCAUGAGCAAAAGCGCUUCUAAUGUUUCAACCGCAAGUGCCACAGUUUCUGCUGCCACUAAUACCGAAAACAUUUCUGCCAGAAAAGUAUUGCCAAUGUCUAUUGCUAGGCAUGACUUAACAGCUGUAACAUGUUCUGAAGAUGGCAAAGGACUCUUCUGUCCCAAGCUGGGGAUACAAGUGCAGCCACCAAUGAAGCUUCCCUGUGAACUUAGUUGCUUAACCAUAACUGUUGAUGCUGAUACUAGUGAAGAUUCCUCUCCCCCGCUCCCAGAAAGAACACCAGAAUCAUUUGUAUUAGCAAGUGAACAGAGCACACCCUUGUCGAAGCCAGUUAUGACUGCACAGUCUGAGUGGAGCAUAUUGCGUGAUCAGCAUCUCCCUGAACAAACAGUCCCUACAGGUUUGAAAACAACUUCACCUGUACUACCUGAUCGUCCUGAAAGAAGCAACAAAACACCAACUGACAUUUUACCUCAGAUUUCUUUUUCUGGUUCCACUGAUACAAGAGGUCAAAUUUCAGAAUUUCCUGCAGAAGUAACAGAUAUUGGUUUUGGUAACCGCUGCAGAAAGCCCAGAGGACCAAGAGAGCCGCCUUCAGAAUGGACAUGAUCCAAGAACCAAUGGACAUACUAUCAAUAAAUUAUACUGGAAAACUCAAGUGCCACUGAGAACUAGAAAAAUAGUAUUCCACUUUUCUGGGGGGUGACUAACACAGAGCAGUGUAGAUCUAACUACCAAAUGGUACACUCUUACAAGACAUCCCAUGCAAAACCUUAAACGUUGUUCACAACAGUGGAUUCCAGUGUUACAACUUAACUUUUUGCUGGGGCCAUCUACCUGCCUUAUUACACUUAGGAGAAAGUAUUACAUAUGAUUUAUUUUGUAACUUCAAGUAUUAUUGCCUUAAUGUCUUUUAACCCUGUUACACGCUGCUUGUAGACAUAUGUUAAUAUAGUAAUACUUUUGACAGAUUGUGUUUAUGGACUACUUUUUGCUAACGUUUGAUUACCAUGUAUGCAUUAUUUUGUAUAUGUACAGGGCAAGUAAGUAUAUAAUUUGAUAAAGUUGCAAUCAUAAAAUAUUAACAGAAGAUGUAAGAAAUCUCUGCAUGAUCUAAAUUUUUGUGUACCUUAUUUGUAAGUUAUUUGCCCUGAAGUUUUAGAAAAUAGUUUCUGGGGUUUUUUACAAAAAUUGCUGGACACACACAGCCAGAAUUGCAGGUUAGCAGAGAUAAAGAUUGUAAUACAUUUUGUAAAUUGUAAGCAAAAGGUUAUUUUUAUAUUAUAUGCUGUUUAAUUGUCAGACCUAAUUUGUUCUGGUUUUCAUCUAGUCAUGGAGAUUCAGUAAGUGCCUUGGAACAGUAUUGAAUUCUCUUAGCCUGUGUAUGUUACUUCAGUGUUUUCAGUUCAUCGGAAUUAGAUUAUCAGAAAUAUUUGUACGUUUCUAGUAUAUUUGACCUGCCAGUAAAAGAGAAACCAUUCUACAUAAUCAACACUCCUUAGUUUUCAUUUUAAUGUUUCAUCAUUUGCAAUCUUCAGAAAAUUCAUCUCUAUCAACUUCCUGUAUAAUAGGAUUUUACAGUUUUAAUAUGGCGUGUUUCUAAUUUGGGAAAACCAGAACACACUGGUAAAAGGACUGUUUAAAUACCACUGUCUUCUCUUACAAAUGGUAAAUACCAUUUUUGUUGUUCAGCGACUGUAUGUAAGAAAGCAACUUAUAUGAAGGUUCACAUAGAGCCCUUGCAGCUACACUGUAUCUUGGCAAUAUAUAAUGUCAAGAGUUAAUCCUUAUAAGGAUUCCUUACUUAAACUUUUCUGUAAUACAAUCUUUAAAUUAAAGAAAGUCAAAAUCUCA